GGCGGGUUACAAGGACCCGUAAGCAAGACCGAAGGCGCCGUGUUGAGCCGAUCCCUUUUGAACAAGCGUGUAUCGCGGAUGCGCCCGUGUGAGAUAGCCACGACAGCGCAGGAUGAAAUGCUGGCACAUGCAGGUUCCAGAAGCGCAGGUCCUUUCGCGAAACAAAACAUGGAUACGCUUGGUUGUAGUGUCAACAUGGCACAUGAAACCCCCAACACCGACUAUCAACCAUAG